AAUUCUACACCAGUAGACAUAAAUAUGUUUAUCAGUGGUAAUGUUAGCAGCCAGCCUGGUUUCACUGGAGAGUCUAAAUUAUAAUGGUUUCUGUUAUUCAGAGGGAUUUACUAAUAAAAGGUUGUUUUUUUUGUUUCUGACAUGAAAAUUACAUCAGAAUUAAAUCAGCUCUGUCCAAGUUUGUCAGGUUUUAUUUCCCAAAUAUUGGCAGCUCUCUAACCAUCAUCAGGGUGAUGAAGACGAGAUGAAACUGAAAACAUUUGAGGAUGAAAUCGCGGCGUCCAUCCUUCUGUCCCAUCAACGAGAAGCCAGACAAAGAGAGCGAUGAGGAGUCGGGCAGGACUGCGGUGGUCUUUUCUCUGAAGAACGAGGUGGGCUGUCUGGUCAAAGCUCUCCGACUGUUCCAGGAGAAACGAGUGAACUUGAACCACAUCGAGUCUCGCAUGUCAAAGCGCGUCACUAACGAAGUGGAGAUUUUUGCCGACUGCAGCUGCAGUAAGAAGGAGUUUAAUGAGCUGCUGCAGCAUCUCAAAGAUCACGUCAACAUCAUCUCCUUCAACACGCCUGCAAACGUGUGGUCUGCAGAAGCAGAUGGAGACGAUGUUCCGUGGUUCCCGAUGAAAAUCUCAGAGUUAGAUCAGUGUUCUCACAGAGUGUUGAUGUACGGAUCAGAGCUGGACGCUGACCAUCCGGGCUUUAAGGAUAAUGUUUACCGCCAGCGGAGGAAAUACUUUGUGGAGGUGGCUAUGAAUUAUAAAUUUGGGCAGCCCAUCCCUCGUAUCGAGUACACCCAGGAGGAGAUCAGCACAUGGGGGGUGGUCUUCAGAGAGCUGACCAAGCUGUACCCGACGCACGCCUGCAGAGAAUACCUGAAAAACCUGCCGCUGCUCAGCAAACACUGCGGCUACCGAGAGGACAACAUCCCCCAGCUGGAGGACGUCUCCCUGUUCCUCAGAGAACGGUCUGGUUUCACAGUUCGACCAGUCGCAGGUUACCUGUCUCCCAGAGAUUUCCUGGCAGGUUUGGCCUACAGAGUGUUUAACUGCACUCAGUAUGUUCGUCACAGCACCGACCCGCUCUACACACCUGAGCCUGAUACGUGUCACGAGCUGCUGGGUCACGUUCCUCUGCUCGCUGAUCCAAAGUUUGCUCAGUUCUCUCAGGAGAUCGGACUGGCGUCUCUGGGAGCUUCUGAUGAGGACGUUCAGAAACUGGCCACCUGUUACUUCUUCACUAUUGAGUUCGGACUCUGCAAACAGGACGGUCAGCUCAGAGCUUACGGAGCCGGUUUACUGUCAUCUAUCGGAGAAUUGAAGCAUGCCCUGUCCGAUAAGGCCUGUGUGAAGAUGUUUGACCCGAGGACGACCUGCAACCAGGAGUGUCUCAUCACCACCUUCCAGGAGGUUUACUUCGUCUCGGAGAGCUUCGAGGAGGCCAAGGAGAAGAUGAGGGAGUUUGCUAAGACGAUAAAGAGGCCGUUCUCGGUGUAUUACAACCCGUACACUCAGAGCAUCGACCUGCUCAAAGACACCAGAGGCAUCGAGAACGUGGUUCAGGACCUGCGUAGCGACCUCACCACCGUGUGUGACGCUCUGGGGAAGAUGAACACCUACAUGGGCAUAUAAAGCUGUUCACUAAUGUUUUCUGCAGGGUUUGUUUUUUUAUUUUUUUAAUUUCUUUGACUCAUUUUGCUCAUUUUAAGAUAAAAGCAAUUAAAGCUCACCUGAUGAUCUUUCUUUAACGCAAAGUGGACGAAUCAAACUAACAAUCAACAACAGAGAAACAUCCUGUAACGUCUGUGUGUUUGGAAGAUUGUCAAAACUCGUGACUUUGGUUCUGUACAGUGCAGAUAUAAUAGAGUAAAAUAUACAAGUGUAAAUUAUGAUGCAUUAAAAACUAUUUAUGUUUGUU